UGCAUCAAACAACGAAAAGAUGAAAACGGCUGAUUUCGAAGAUUCGAUUGAAGGACUUUUGGAUGAUGAAAUAAUGUUAUCUUCUAUAUCAAGUACCUGCCAGGCUCUAACUCUGGUACCAUCCACCGUUAUAAAGUCAUUGGGCCAUUUGUUACUUACUUCGGCAAAACGGGAUAUCAGUUUAAAGAAACAUUGCAAAAGUGCAAAUCUCGAAUAUUUCAAGUUCCCAGAUUCUUUACGCGCAUGCCUAGUUCAGAUUUCCAAUGGCGUCUGCGAGGCGUUUGAUGCAGCACACAGGAGCAUGGAACGUAUUUCCGUGAAAUCUGGACACAUUGCUACCGAUGCGAAAUUGGCAUUGCAGUUUAUGGAGGAAGGCGAGUAUCAGGAAUGGAAAAUGGGCCUGCAUUUUUUUGAGAGCGCUAAAGAAAGUUGCCUGGAAUGUGUGGACAUAGCCGCUCCGGUAACGGAAGAAUUUGAAAAACUCAGCCGAACUAUAGACGAGCUUAACGUAGUCCUCACUGCAUUGAAGGGAAAAAACGAGGAGGAAAAAAGGUCAACAAAAAACAAAAUUGAGGCAACUCGUAAAGAGAAGAAACGGAUAACAGAGAAAGAAGAGAAUCUUGACGAAGAUGCAGCCGCAGCUUGUCCAUCACCUUGGAAAACUAUGCUUUUUAAAUUUCUUGAUGGCAUCACACCUCUCGCAAUCAAUCUCGAAACAGAAUUAUUUAAGCAAAAAGUCAUGCCACUGCCACAGUUCUCAACGCCCACUUUGGAACUGGGAACGGGUGAAGGGUCUUUCACAGAAACACCAAAGAACAUGCCUGAAAAAAGAAAGAGAGAAAAGAAUGAAGAGUAUGACAAAUACACCGAAAAAGCUAAACAAGGGCUUCAAGAGUCAAAGAAAAAAGCCUCUAAAGACCAUGAGAAAUUUAAUCAAGAGAUCAACGACUUGAAUAAUGUUAAAGACGCUCUGCAAGAGAGUAUCGAGGAGCUUUUUAAGGUCAAUCAAUUUUGGAAGCAAUUGGUGGUUAUGUUUCAAAACUUUCAUGAUUUAAUUAAAGAUGAACUUGAGAAAGAAGUGACCCAGACCUUAGAGGCCGGCAGAAAAGCUAUGAAAACAAACGAAGAUAGCCAGUUCAUUGAUAAUUCCAGAAACGCCAUAAAAGUUGCUUUUGUGGUAAAAUGGAUCUUGAGAUUCUACGUUGAGGUUUCAAAUAAGUAUUUACUAGUUCGAGUGAAUGCCUUGCAAAGUAUUACUUUUUUGAGAUCAAGUGGCGACUAUGCAAGGAUGGAGGAAGUUUGGAGAAAAUUGGAGGAAGAUGCAGAGGAAGCUGAGAUGGGAAUUCAAAAAAUUGCUGAAGAAAGGGAAAAAGUUCUGAGAAAUGAUUUAUCUCAUCACAGGGGUGGAUCCAGCACUAGUGCACUGCUUUGCAUUACUAGUGUUGGAUCCACCCCUGUCUCAUCAUCCUAUUAAUGCUUCAUAUUCGCACUUAUGUGCGAUCUCAACUCGGGAGAAAAUUCUCUCAUCAGCACAAUCGCGAUAAUAAUAUUGUAUACGUUUAUCAUAAUAUAAACAAGAUCGAGUUUUUUGACGCGCUAGUUUUUUCACGCGAUAGUAAUUGCCAUUACUAUCCCGAAGACUACCCAAGAAAUGACUGGGGGUCUAAAAGGCACUACGUGUAUUCACUCGCAGCAUUUCACUUACAAUCUACUAAUAAUUUUUAUGUAAUUGGGCGAUAUAAUAAUAAAAAAUUGUAAUUCUAGUUAAUAAUUUUACUGCUACGCUAGCUUGCAUGCAUGGAAAUUAAUAUAUAUACUCGGUCAUGCAUGCAUGCAGUACUGAUCGAAGCUAUAAGAUGCUUUGAUAUUGUUGUAGGUACAGUGUCAUCGUGAAUUUGGUUUAAUCAAAGAUUGUUUUGUAUUACUUUAUUGCAACAAAAUUUAACUCUACAUCUGAAAUGAACAUUUUUCACUACGCAUAUAGAAACCGUUUGGUGCUAUAUAUACGUAGUUUUA